AUGGAUAAAGCCCACCCAACUAAGACACGCCCCAAACGCACCCGCCCCACCCGCCGCGCUAAACCCAAAACGCAACCCGCCUCCUCAAUCCGCAGCGACCUUAUAAACCGGGCCUCACCCCGACCAACUUCAACUUCUCCCUCCCCUUCUCAUCCCCCAUCGCCUCGGCGAAAGCGUCUUCUUCUUCCCUCUCUUCGCACCGGCUCUCCCGGGUCCAAGGACCCGGCCUCAAGUAUAGAAGAAUGGUUGUCACUGCAGUUACCAGCAUGCACGCCAUCCGCCAGACCUUCGCGUUUAUCUGCGCAAAGCCAGACCUCUCCGCCGCCGCCGUAUAAUAGUUCCCAUUUCUACCAGGAUCUCCCCCAAUACCCUGACUCAUUCUACCUCCAUCCCGAAUACUAUAACAAUCCUACUUUCGAUCUCUCGUCAGCGGCCUUUCCUCCCGUUGACCCUACUUCCUUGUUCUAUGACGACUCUCCGCCGGAUACUUCCCUCACUGCCGGGUCCAAUUCAAAUUCAACUAUAAAUACAGCCUUGUCCAGUCUGAGUGAUAGUAGCUAUCAAGAUCAGAUCAUUGGCUAUCAGGAUCCGACAUCUUCUCAACAUACUUCUUGCGCGACGAUACUUCACCCCCAUCCUCAUUCUCUUGUGCCUGUCACUGCUGAACCCGAUCUCGACCCGAUUGAUUCCUUGCUGAGUUCUCCGGAGCUGAGCGAGGAGUUGAAUCUGUUGGCUUCGCCUGGUGUGAAUUCUCUUCCUGAACCUGAAAUAGACUUCCCACCCAUGCCAUCCGUCAGCUCCACUACAUCCUCUCGAGCAGCCGCUCCUCCCAAAGAAGCCCCGAAUCGAGUCAAGAAGCGGGAGCUGAAUACCCUUGCUGCGCGACGGUAUCGCCAGCGCCGCGUGGAUCGGAUGAAUCAGUUGGAGGAAGAGCUUGAGGCGAUCAAGCGCGAGCGGGACGAGUUGAAGAUGCGGGUUUCUAAGUUGGAGGGUGAGACGGAGGCGUUGCGCAGUAUGGUGAGGAGUCAGAAGUAA